CAACAACUCACCAGUGUAGGCAAAUAUCGCCUCACUCUCUCAUUUACACCUUCAACAAACCCCCCAAACCGCCAAAAUUCUAGACAUAGGAGCCACCUGCGACCAACUCCUAACAGCAAUGGAGGAUAAAUCCCCUUCCCUCUGUAGGCUAUGCCAUGUAAACUUCGACAGCCCAAAUGAGUGGCGACAACACGCUAAGAGCGAGUGGCAUGUCUACAAUCUCCGUAUGAAAGUAGCAGAACCUGGAGUUGUGAUAUCACCACCAUCAGAGUCACAGAGUACAAAGAAAACAUCAUCACCAAAAGCAAAGAAAGCUGUGCAAGUGGAGGAUACUGCAGAAUUAAACGAUGAAUCUGACGUUGACAUUGACGCUGAUAUCGACAGCGAUGUCAAUGUUGAUGGCGGCACAGAGCUUUCCGCAAAGCCGGAAUUUAAUCCUAAACAAUGCCUCUUUUGCGACGAGGAGAAUGAAAACUUUGGCCAAAGUCUCGACCACAUGUCCAAGGCACACAGCUUCACCAUCCCCCAGCCAGCCUAUCUAAUAGUCGAGCCGGAGACGCUUGUCGGAUACUUGCACCUCGUCAUCCACGGAUACGGCGAGUGCAUUCUAUGCGCCGCACGCCGCGACACUGUCGAAGGAAUUCAGCAUCAUAUGAAGGCCAAAGGACACUGCCGGUUCAACGUCGCAUCGGAUCUCGCGGAAUUCUAUGACGUUCCUUCACUGGAAUACCAAGCCGGCGAGGAAUCCUUGCGGCUACCAUCGGGCAGACUUCUCAGCCACCGUACAGGCCCAACCAGACCAGCCCUUGCGAGAAUCGCUCGCCAAUCAGCAGAGCGAAAUUUGGAAGGUAGAACGACUUCGGCUUUGGCGACACGACCAAAUGAAUCGGAGCUUGUUCCGACACAGAACAAUGAUAAUUCUCCUCCAGCAGCACCAUCCACGCAGAUAUCACAACUUAGCCGGGGCGACCAGCAGAGUCUUGCACAUCUACCCGAUCACGAAGUGCGAUCAAUUCUCGCAACCACUGCGAGGGCCAUCGAUCAAUCGAGGCGGGAAGAGCAGCAAUCACAGCUCGGGCUUGCGCAAGCGGGGAAUACAACAUUGACUGGGCACUUUAGAAUGGAUACAUCUAAGCGAUUCAGAGGUCCUUGGGGUUAGGACGAUGCCAUACAUAC